GUACUUUCAAGAAAAUAAAGCAUCUUCCUAAAUGUACUGAAUGUAAUGACAUACCAUGGCUAAACACCUGCGAGCACACCAUAGGUGAAAAAUUCUGGCUUUCCCUUCUGCUGCAGCUCCAGGACACGUACUCAAAGAGCGGCGUUGCUUGUCUCACCGGGGAGGAAAUGGGGAAUUUAAUCCAAAACUUGGAUCUAAUCGAAAGUGAAGACAGAGUGGCUGAUUCCUGCUGGUAAGUAAAGUGGCACCUGGGAAAGUUAAUUAAAAAGAUGAUGUCAAGAAGCUACAAGGAAAACAUAUCUGCAGUCAAUGCUGAAAGAGCCCUGAUGGUGUCACGCACUGACGGGCAGCGGCCACACAACCCUGUCAACAGGAUCGUGGUGCAUCUGGUGGGCAACAGCAACAGGAAGAAUUCCCUGUCCCCACGCAGUAAGGGAAAACCUUUAAAAACAGUUAAAGAUUACAAAAACAACUGGGAAUCGUCCAGGAAAGGCCAUUCUUUCCUUUACAACGUGGAGCUGAGAGAUGGUGAGUUAGUGAUACCGCAAACAGGCUUUUAGUACAUCUACUCACAAGCUUAUUUUUGUUUCUGUGAAAACGAGAACGAGGAUUCAGAUUUGUUGGUACAAAUCAGGAACCCCAAACAGCUUGUCCAAUAUAUUUACAAACUGACUAAUUACCCAGAGCCCAUUUUGCUAAUGAAAAGUGCAAGAACAAGCUGCUGGUCUAAAAAGGCACAAUGUGGACUUUAUUCCAUCUACCAAGGUGGUGUGUUUCAGCUGAAAAGAGAGGACAGGAUUUUUGUCUCUGUCAGUAAUAGUGACGUAGUUAACAUGGACAAAGCAGCAAGUUUUUCUGAAGACUUUAUGAUCUGUUAA